GCAUUGUGCUGCCGCAUUGCAAACUGGGAAUGUUAGGGGCAUCAUGUCUGCUUAUACGAACGAGUUAGAAGCUGCGAAGAAAAAUCUAACUGAGGCUCUCGGAGAGAAUGUGAAACAGUACUGGGCAAACUUAAAACUCUGGUUUAAACAGAAAAUCAGCAAAGAAGAGUUUGAUUUAGAAGCGAGAAGACUUCUUACGCAAGAUAAUGUGCAUUCACAUAAUGAUUUUCUACUGGCUAUCCUUACUCGAUGUCAGCUGAUGGUAUCCGCUCCAGAUUGCACAGGCUCACUGCCGUGGAAUGCUAGCUCUGCUGCAAAACCUGGAAAAUCCAAAGGCAAGAAGAAGUUUUCUUCUGUUAGACAGAAAUUUGACCACCGAUUUCAAGCUGUUAAUCCCCUGUCAGGAGCACAGCAGUUUACUGCCAAAGAUUCCCAGGAAGACGAUGAUCUCAAGUUAUGUUCUUAUACCAUGACGCUGCCCACCCGUGGACAGCUGGAAGGGAGAAUGAUAGUUAGUGCAUUUGAACAUGGCUUGGAUAAUGUGUCAGAGGAGGCCGUCUCUGUUCUGGUGCACGCACUGGAGUAUCAUCUUAAGGAUAUUCUCACAGCAGUAGUCUCCAGAAGAAAGGCAUAUCGUUUAAAGGAUGGCCAUUUCAAGUAUGCGUUCGGAAGCAACAUUAAUCCUCAGCCCUACCUAAAGAACAGCCUUGCAGCAUACAACCAUCUAAUGGAAAGCUCGCCAUCUUGUCCUGUUCCUCCUGUGAGUCAGGCAUUGGGUACCCACCUGUUGCCAGAUGAUGCCGAACAACAGGCAGCCAUGCUGCUGGCAUGUUCCGGAGACACCCUGCCAGCUUCCCUACCUCCUAUCAACAUGUACGACUUCCUUGAGGCAUUAAAGGUGCACAGAGAAGUAAUCCCAGCACAUACAAUUUAUGCUUUGAAUAUCGAGCGUAUCAUGCUAAGGCUUUGGCACCCCAGUCACGAGGAGCUGGAACAGGACCAGAUCCAUCGUCAGCGCCUGGCUGCUAAAGAAGGACUUGUAAUUUGCUAGGAAUUAUAUCUUUUGUAAGUGCUGCCCACCCUGUGUUGCCAUUGGGUGCCUGCACAUAUCUUAUGCUUCAAGACCUGCUUGACUUAACGUCAUCGCUUUCAUGGAGCAGUUGAUUUCUGUUAGCAUUUUCCUAUGGAAAUUCGGUUGUAAUAUUUGGAAGACCAGAAGUAGACUUAAAAGUGAUGUGACAUGUACAUCAGUAUUUGAUUAGGAAGGGAUGUUAUGAUUUACUUAACAGUUAUCUGCGGAGCACUGUUCUGUUAUUCUUGGCGAGUAAGCCACAAUGGGACAUUUGGUGCCAUAAAUUUAAGUGACAGAAAAACGCAUCUUUAUACAUACUGUGUAUAAAUUUGAUUACAUGGUUAAGCACUUACUUGGCAGUAUUCUUUCAGUUUGGAGUCCAACUUCCCAAUAAAGAACCUUUUCAUAUACCA